AUGGGGCAGGUCAGCAUCACCCAGCCUGAGAGACAAGUCACACUCAAGCAGGGACACACCUUCCAAACUACCUGCACUUACCAGAGCCCUAACUUUUAUGGUUUGCUCUGGUACCAGCAGAGGAAAGGCCAAGCUCCCCAGCUGCUCUCCCUUCAGGCAAGAUCUGCCUCCCAGGUCAAUGGGCGACUCAGGACCGUGCUGAACACCACGGGGAAAUACAGCCUCCUGCAGCUGGAGGCACUCAAGGCCUCUGACAGUGCCUUGUACCUCUGUGCUGUGCAAGACACGGCGCACAGGGGAUGGGGAUGGGGCAGCGUGCUGACAAAUAAGCUCGUCUUUGGCAGCGGGACGACUCUCACCGUUGAACCAAGCAAUAGAAACCACUCUGAGCCUCAAGUCGUUGUGAUGAAGUCAAAGCAACUGGAAGGAGAUGGCAACACUGGGAAAGCAGCUUGUUUGGCAAGGAAGUUCUACACCAAGAACGUCACCUUGGAGGUGUCCUCUAGUGAAGUCAUAUACCAGCAAACUACACCCAUCCUGUCACCAGAAGGGUUGUAUGACACUGUUAAGGUGGUCAAUGUGACAAAAGGCACAGAGGUGUCCUGCACAGCCAAAUAUGAUGGCAGAGAUGUUACAGCCAAUGAGACACCAGCAGAAAAGGAGGCUGGAGAAUCAGCACCAGAGGACGUUUGCCACACCACGGACACCUCUGCACAAGAUGCUGAAGGGGAGAAAACCAACAUGCUGUCUGUGGCUGUGUUGGGCUUGAGAGUCCUGCUGGCAAAAAGUAUUGCCUUCAGUGCACUCAUGAGCAUCAAGCUGCUUCUCUUCUGAGCUGGUGGAAGCAAGGCAGCAGCACCCUGAAGAGCAGCUGGAGAGAGCUUGUCCCAACGGGUCAAACAGCCAAAUCUGCUGACAACAACCAUCCAGAAGGCAACAGAGCACCCUCCCCUCCAGACAUUCCAUACUGCUGAGUCCUGCCUGUCUAGCUGAUUGGAUUUUAAGGCUUGUAGCUGCUUUUGCUGUUUCUUUUCCUCUGUGAACUGAGGAGACUGUGUUUGUCCUCAUUGCCCUGCUAAGUACAAGUUGAUCCCCUCCACUGUUCUUGCCUCUGCAUAGAAGCAUCCAGCCUGCUUCAAUAGCUUUGAAAAGCCCAGUCCUCAUGGACAUAUGACCCUUUUAAAACAGCAUUUACAGGCAUGUUGCAUUACUGCUGUACUACUGCUGGGAGAAUCCAGGCAGAGCAGAUGCUCUUUAUAGCUUUAAUGUUUCUUAGCUAGCUUUAACACCAACAGUUUCCUAGUGUGGAUGAGAAGACCUGUGUUGGAUGUGAAGUGAUUCACCCAGACAAUGUUGAGCCAUGGAAGUGUUUAUUAAACCUGCCAUUUCUUCUGCCCAAUGGACACAGCAUUUUAGUUU